AUGAAGUCAGCCACCAUUCUCUCGCUCCUCGGGGCCCUAGCCGUAUCUGCAUCCCCUGCAAGCCUCCAGGCUGCAAAGCGUCAGGCCGACCCGAGCCUACACGAGUUGAUCACUGCCAAGGGCAAGAUUUAUUUUGGUGCCGCCACCGAGGUGUCCAAGUUCAGCGGCAACACCGAUGAGGGGAUCCUGAAGGCAGACUUCGGCCAGGUGACACCCGAGAACAGCAUGAAGUGGGAUGCCACGGAGGCGGAGGAGGGUGUGUUCACCUAUGCCGCCGCGGAUGCCUUGGUCGGCUGGGCUGAGGAAAACAACUUCGUUGUUCGCGGACACUGUCUUGUGUGGUACAAUGCCUUGCCAGAUUGGGUCAACAACACCAGAAAUGCCGAUGAUUUGACCCGGGUCAUUCAAAACCACAUCACCAAUGUCAUGGAGCAUUUUAAAGGCAGGAUCCGCGCCUGGGAUGUCGUCAACGAGGCAUUCAACGUGGACGGGUCAUGGCGAAGCUCGGUUUUCUUCGAUGUCCUAGGCGAGGACUACGUCCGCAUCGCGUUCGAGGCCGCCCGGGCCGCAGACCCGAGCGCGAAGCUUUACUACAAUGAUUACAACCUGGACGAUGCCUCGUGGCCCCAGCUCUCGGUUGGCGUUGUCCCGCACGUCGCGAAGUGGGUUGCUGCCGGCAUUCCCAUUGACGGCAUCGGCUCCCAAUCUCACCUCGACGCCGGCAAGGUCAGCGGUGUUCAGGGCGCUCUGGCGGCGCUUGCCGGUACCGGUGUUUCCGAGGUCGCCAUCACGGAGCUGGACAUCAAGGGCGCCGGGCACGACGACUACUGGGUUGCCACCAACGCUUGCCUGCAAGUCGACGCCUGCGUCGGUGUCACCACCUGGGGAAUCAGCGAUAACGAUUCUUGGCAAGCCUCGGAGACUCCUCUUCUCUUCGAUGCUAGCUACCAGCCCAAGGAUGCUUAUUACUCUGUUGCGGAUGCUCUCCAGCAGUAA